UUCGAUUGAUUGUUCCACAAUGAUCCGUAGAGUUGCGAUUUGGUCUAUAUACGAUCGAUUCUUACGAAAUCCAGCCUGUUUGUCUCGAAGUUGGGCGUCUAUGGAGUCCUUCAUUCUGUUUAACAAUAUCCUGUUGAAGAAUUUUCCUGGUAUUGAGAGAAAACUGAUUCCCCUGUAGUUAUCGCACUUUCUGAGAUCGCUUUUCUUUGGUAUCUUGAUCAGGAGUGUUUUUUUCCAGUUCGUUGGUAAUUGUUCGUCAUCCCAAAUGUAACCGAAGAGAAUGUGGAGUACCUUGGCAGUUGCUGCUACAUCUGCUUUCAGUGCUUCUGCUGGAAUGUUGUCUGGUCUCGCUGCUUUGCCGCUCUUGAGUUGUCUGAUGGCCAUGUUGAUCUCUUCGAUUGUUUGUGAGCCAACAUCGAUUUGGAGGUCUGUGGGUGAUGCUUUGAUGUUGGGUGGGUUCAGUGGAGCUGGCCGAUCUAAGAUUUCCUUAAAGUGCGCUACCCACCUGUUUCCCUGUUCCUCAAUGUUGGUGAUUGCUUUGCCUUCCUUGUUUUUUACUGGUCGUUCUGGUUUACGAUAAUUUCCAGCGAGCUUCUUUGUUGUAUCGUACUAUUAUCUAAUGUUUCCCUCUCUUGCAGCCUUU